CUGGGUUCAGACUGAGCUUUUGGGAAUGUUGAAUAAAAAAUGCUCAACAAUGACAAGCAAGCAAAGGUGGAGGAGAGAGGACACUGGGGCAGUAAGACAGAGUUUCUGCUGGCUGUGGCUGGAAAUGUUGUCGGCCUGGGCAACGUGUGGAGGUUUCCUUACCUCUGUUACAAAAACGGAGGGGGUGCAUUCCUGGUGCCAUAUCUGGUAUUUGUGGUGACCUGUGGCGUACCCCUGUUCCUGCUGGAGACGACCAUAGGCCAGUACACCCAGGAGGGUGGCGUCACCUGCUGGAGGAAGCUAUGCCCACUGGCAGAAGGUAUCGGAUAUGGUGGGCAGCUGAUCCUCCUCUACAGCUGUAUGACCUACAUCGUUAUUCUGUCCUGGGCUCUGCUCUACCUGGUGUUCUCCUUCAGCUACCAGCUCCCCUGGGCCAGCUGCAACAACUACUGGAACACAGAUGACUGUGUAGACUUUUCAAAACAAAAUAACACCUUUAAUGGGACCAACCAGACUGACUCAACCUCUGCUACCACAGAAUUCUGGGAACGACGAGUGCUGGCUCUCUCGGGGGGGAUUGAGGAGCUAGGCAGCAUCAGGUGGGAGGUGCUGUUGUGCCUAGUUGUUAUGUGGAUCACCUGCUACUUUUGUAUCUGGAAAGGGGUCAAGUCUACAGGAAAGGUGGUGUAUUUCACUGCUACCUUCCCCUAUGCAAUGUUGGUCAUUCUUUUGAUCCGUGGACUCUCUCUUCCUGGGGCUCUACAAGGGGUGCUGUAUUAUCUUCUGCCUGAACCCUCCCGACUUACAGACCCUCAGGUUUGGAUGGAGGCCGGGGCUCAGAUCUUCUUCUCAUAUAGUGUGGGCGUGGGCUCCUUAACUGUGCUAGGCAGCUACAACACCUACAACAACAACUGCUAUAAAGACUGUCUGUGGCUGUGUUUGCUGAACAGUGGCACCAGUGUGGUAGCUGGGUUCGCAGUCUUCUCUGUGCUGGGAUUCAUGGCUCAUGAGCAGGGUAUUCCCAUUGCGGAAGUGGCUGAGUCAGGUCCAGGCUUGGCGUUCAUUGCAUACCCACAGGCUGUAGCCAUGAUGCCUCUGCCCCAGCUGUGGUCCAUCUGUUUCUUUGUCAUGCUCAUUCUCUUGGGUCUGGACACACAAUUUGUUGCCAUGGAGGUGGUGAUGACAUCCAUCAUAGAUAUGUUUCCCACAGAAAUGCGCAGGCCAGGCCGACGGGAACGUUUCCUCCUCCUGUUCUGCCUCAUAUGCUUCCUCUGUCAGAUUGUCAUGAUCACUGAGGGAGGGAUGUAUGUGUUUCAGAUGUUUGACUACUACGCUUGCAACGGAGCCUGCAUCCUCUUUCUCUGUGUGUCUGAAACACUGGCCUUGGGUUGGCUGUUUGGUAGGGGCAGAGCGAAUAUAUGGCAUCAUAAAGGACAUGACCGGUGCACACACCAACCCGUUCUUUAAAAUCUGCUGGCUUUUCCUCACACCGCUGGUCUCACUGAGCACCUUUAUAUGUUCUUUAGUUUGGUAUCAGCCUCUGACCUUUAAUCGCUGGUAUGUGUACCCCUCCUGGGCAUACGUGCUGGGCUGGGUACUGGCCC